AUGAGCGCGUGUCGAGUCCCCGGCUCUGAGGCGCCCACCCGCCCCGGUAUUUUUGACGCAAACUUUGGUUUCACGCUGACCGAUUACGCGGAAGGCGUCCGUAAAGGAUCGCACCCGAAAGCCAAAACGCAAACGCGUGCCGGCUGCGCUGGCGUCAUCGCGCGUCUCUCCCCCGCGCCGCAAGGUCAAGGCACACUCAUUGCUCCCGAGCUCGCCAGCAACUGGCGC